AUGGCGGACGAAUUGAAAAAUGCUAAAAAAGCAUCAAAAGUUUUAGAUCCGGAAGAUUUACCCAAAAGAGCCAGGUGGACCAUUGUUGCAACCGCUUGCUUACUUUUACUCAUGAGCAUGUUAUUAGUCGGUAUAACAUUAAGAAUGGCUCCCAUCAUCGACGAAAUGGAGAUAAUUAACGAAAUAUCGUUCGCGACGUUCACGAAUGCAAUUAUCAAACGUUAA